AUGGAUCGCAAUCGUCCCAGCUGCUCCUGCGAGGUGGAGGUGACUCGCCUCGCAGCCCGAGUUGCUGUUCUUGAGAAACAACUAGCCCAAAUCCAACCGACAAGAUCGUCGGACACGGUUGGACCGAAAGAAAAGAGAAGACUGCCUGAGACGACCGUAACAGCAGCUCGAGUGCCAUCAAGAAUGAAGGCGGCUAAACGGUCGGAAACCACUAAGGCAGAACUCUUGACCUGUCCUCCGGAAGCAAAGGAUGAUCGCAAGUUCGAUCGGCGAUACCUCACAGGAAGAGGGCCUCCGAUUACCCGCCGAGCCUUCUCGAAGGCCUAUCUGCAGUGGACGCUGGAUGACAUGGAUCCACGUGUUACUGCGUUGAGAUAUCGCCACCGGCGGGCCACCAAUUAUUCCACCCAAAUCUCCUGCCAACACUGGCAUAUUGUCGAUGGCACUGAACCCCACGAGGAAGGGGAUAUCUAUGUGAUACUCUUUUGUAUAGACACUGAAUCUGUCGAUGAGGGAGACAUUCACUGUGAGGGGAUCAACAUGUUUGAUGACGAGGAGCCGCGGGCUAAUCGUAUCACUCUUCAGCCUUGUCGUAUUUUUAAUGCCUUGAUGCCCGAUUUCAGUGCUAUAUGGGAUGAAGGUUAUACGGUUCUUCAUUGUCUGAUCCUUGAUUAUGGUAACAUACAGGAGGAGGAUGGAGAUGAGUGGAAGUGGAUGGAUCAAUUUGGACGGCUGUUAUCGAGAAUGUAA